CAAAGGUUUACUCGAUUCAAGAAAAACUCAACAUCACUACCAAGCCAACAUGAUUUGAUGACGAGGCCACGAGGGCUAAUUUGAUGCUUCGGACCGGUCGCCGCGCGGUUCCACCUGGAACUGGCCGGCCCCACCGCAAAAAUUCUCAGCCUCCAAUGCAAAACACAACUGCUCACCACACCAGUCUUCUGAUUCUUAUCGAAACCUCCAUCUCACAAUUUCAAUCUAUUCAAAUAUGAUUGAUAUCACUCGUGUUUCUUGUUUAAUUUCAAGAAAACCCAUCUGGGUUCUCUUCCAAAAUCGUUAAUUUAAAGAUUGAUAUUCCGACGUUUACUGAACCACAAGUUCACAAUGGGAACCGGUUCAUCAAGGCACUUUGACAGUAGCGCUCAUGGCAGUGGAGAAGAGAAAGAUGACCAUGGCGGUGGUCAACUCUAUGUCUCUUUAAAGAUGGAGAACUACAAUCUCAAAGGAGACCUUGUUCCUCACGUCUAUGGCUCCGUCCCUCUCGUUGGUUCUUGGGAUACCUCCAAAGCUCUUCCACUGGAACGCGAAUCAACCUCGAUGUGGGAAUUAAGUUUUGUUGUCCCUCCUAAUCAUGAAACCUUGGAUUUCAAGUUCUUAUUGAAACCCAAAGACAACAAUGUCCCAUGCAUAGAGGAGGAAGGCAUAAACAGGCAGUUCAUGGGGGGGGUAAACAUCAAAACCAACAGGGUUUCACCAUUUGAUCUUGCUGCAAGUUGGAGAGCUUAUCAAGAAAAUCUUGAACCCUCAACUGUUCGUGGGAUUCCUGAUGUUAGUAUAAAUUCAUUGCCUGAAGGUGUCGAGAAUCAGAAUGGGUCUUCAGCCAGUUUGGACCUUGAUCUUGAACAAUACCUAGUCCCUGCUCCUGUAACUUCUGUGGUUUAUGCUGCUAAUUUGACUGAGACUCCAAGGUCUUUAAAGCGUGGUGGUACUGGUGUGUUUUCAAAUGCUGAAAGUUCAACCAAAGAUUCGGGUGUUUCUGUUGAUCGUCCUGCAACCAUAAAGGAAAUGGAAGUGGCUAUUCCUGAUCCUCCAAAGUUAUAUCAUCCACCUGGCAUGGUUGAAUCAAAGUCAGUGGGAACAAUUUCACCCUCACAAAGACAAGAAAGUCACCGUGGAAUUUUUGUGGAUAGGGGGGUGGGGUCCCCUCGGUUAGUCAGAUCAGCCAGUGCAGCCACUUUGACUACCGGAACUAAACGUGAUCCAGGAGCUAAGAUGCCAGCUGCUGCUGGGGCAGUUGCAGCUGCAGCUAUUGCUGAUCAAAUGCUUGGCCCCAAAGAAGAUAUGCAUCUUGCCAUUGUCUUGGUUGGGUUACCGGCUCGUGGCAAAACUUUUACUGCUGCUAAACUUACGAGGUAUCUCCGUUGGUUAGGUCAUAAUACCAAACACUUCAAUGUUGGCAAGUAUCGACGGCUGAAGCAUGGAACAAAUCAGACUGCAGAUUUUUUCCGGGGUGACAAUCCUGAAGGCAUGGAAGCCCGUAAUGAGGUAGCAGCUCUGGCAAUGGAUGACAUGACAGCUUGGAUGCAAGAAGGUGGCCAGGUUGGGAUAUUUGAUGCCACAAAUAGUACUAGUGAGCGAAGGAAUAUGCUUAUGAAAAUGGCUGAAGGCAAAUGCAAGAUCAUAUUUCUGGAAACAAUUUGCAACGAUCGACAAAUAAUUGAAAGAAAUAUACGUCUCAAGAUUCAACAAAGUCCCGAUUAUUCCGAAGAACCGGAUUUUGAAGCUGGAUAUCAGGACUUCAAACGACGACUUGAUAACUAUGAGAAGAUCUAUGAACCGGUUAAUGAAGGAUCGUAUAUUAAAAUGAUCGAUAUGGUUAGUGGUCAUGGUGGGCAGAUACAAGUGAACAAUAUCAGCGGAUACCUUCCUGGGCGGAUUGUGUUUUUCUUGGUGAAUACACAUUUGACACCUAGACCAAUUUUGCUUACAAGACAUGGAGAAAGUCGUGAUAAUGUGAGAGCAAGAAUUGGAGGCGACACUGUCUUGAGUGGAAAUGGGGAGCUUUAUGCAAAAAAACUUACUAAUUUUGUCGAAAAGCGACUAAAAAAUGAAAGGGCUGCUUCUAUAUGGACAAGCACAUUGCAACGAACAAUUUUGACUGCAAAUCAAAUUGCUGGAUUCCCAAAGAUACAAUGGCGUGCACUUGAUGAGAUAAAUGCUGGUGUAUGUGAUGGUAUGACAUAUGAAGAAAUAAAAAAGAAUAUGCCCGAGGAAUACGAGUCCCGAAAGAAAGAUAAACUUAGGUAUCGAUACCCUCGUGGAGAAUCUUAUCUUGAUGUGAUACAAAGGUUGGAGCCGGUUAUCAUCGAGCUAGAAAGACAACGUGCACCGGUUGUGGUCGUAUCUCACCAGGCAGUUUUGAGAGCGUUAUAUGCUUAUUUUGCUGAUCGCCCUUUGCAAGAAAUACCGCUUAUGGAGAUGCCGCUUCAUACGAUAAUCGAGAUACAAAUGGGAGUUACGGGUGUACAAGAGAAACGAUACAAACUCAUGGAUUGAUUCUUGAUUCUUGAUUCUGUUUUUAUGUUUGAACGAAUAUAGAAAUAUAAAAAUUUAAGAAACUAUUCAUGUUUAAAUACUCAAGAAUUAUUUGUUAAUCGAGAGGAUUUCCUUAUUUAUAAUGGCUCCAUUUAUUGUAUAGAAUCUUAUAGAUGUUAUGGAUUUA